AAUAGGGUAAUGACUAAUGACCGACAAGACAUGGGAAAAUGUGCCUGCAUCUUAUGUGUUUACCAGUAUGUAAAAACCGAUAUAAAUCUCUCCGAGAGAAAUAUCAUCGAGAGAAAGAGAAGCUAAAACAAGUAUCGAAAAGUGGAGCAGGUGCCUCAUAUUGUAAACCGUGGCCUUUAAUGUCAUUUUUUCAAUUUAUGUAUGACAAUAGGCAACCUCGAGACACAUCUUCCAAUUUGGUCAAUACUCAGGACGAAUAUUCUGAAGAUUUGGCGUCAAGUUCUUCAAGCAGCACAAUUCACGCACCAUUUUCUCCAUCGGAAGAAAGUACGGAUUCCUUUACGCCAAGUGAACCACAGAAUCAGUUGCUAAAGACUCCUCGGAAUGCAUCACGUAAAAGAACUAGGGAAGAUGAGAGUCCUUAUAUAAGUAUACUAUCAGAAAUCUCCUCGAAUAUUUGAAAUGUGAACAAAAAUAAACCUGGCAAGCUACAACAUUUUGCAGCUUACAUUCAAACAGAAAUUAGCGAGCUACCAAAAAGUGUACAAGAAGAGUUUAUGGAUGAAACCUUGAUAAGAUUACUCCAAAUAAAAAGAAAAUGUCGUAACACAUAAUGUAUUUAUUUCCAUAAGUACAUGUUUAAAUGUAGAUAUUACGUACAUUAAAUUUAUUCUGUUCUUUGAAUAUGAUCACACUGCCACGGACAGAUAUCACUACCUUCUGGAUUAUUUAAAUAAUCCUUUAUGUAAUUUCUAAAUGACCACGCAUUUCUUGCAGAAUUUCUA